GACUCAUUCAUUGCUCAUUAUCAUCCCACUCUCAUUCCAUCCUCCUCUCAUAUCCGAUGGAGAUGGUCGUGUGGGGGGCGGGGUGCAGGCUACUAUAAAGCUGCGGUUUCCUUGCUGCGAUUGGCUGGUGGGGAAUCCAUUUAAUCUGCAGCUACUACUACAGGGUCCUCCCCCCCUCUUUUUGUACUCCUCCCCCUCACUCUGCCCGCCCUGACAGCAUCCACACACAACAGAGUGUGUGUGUCUGUUCCAGGGAGAAUAUCAGCUCUGCACAGGGAGGAGAGGAUUAGCUCCAGCACUCAGCUCAUCUGCAUACACGUUUCCCAGAGAAGCACAUGAGCACCCAGCGCUGCUCCUCUUUUGUAUAAAACCUGGCACUGCUAUCACUGAGGCUCCACUUGAUCUACUGUCACUACUGAGAGAGGAUUUAAAAGGGACCACUGUUGUUUUUGUCUGAUUUUUUUUUUAAUGGUUUCCACAUCUUAUUCUUCAAUUUUUAAAUAGUUGUCUGUGAUGUCUCUAAGUCUUUGGGACAAUGAAAGUAAUAUCCUUUGAUUUAGACUUGCCCUGAGCAUCAAAGAGUUUUCCUGCAAUUUUUUGGGGACUUUUUCCUCUGAGGUUUGUUUUGGGAGACUGCAAGCACCAGGAUGCCAUCCAGAGAGUCCUACGAGGUUCACAAAGAAGAGAAGUCCCUGGUGCAAAAGGCCAAGCGAGAGGCCAAUCAGGAGGAUAUUCUGGCUGCAGCUCUGGGGAUGAGGAUGGGGCCACAGAAACCUCCAGCCACUUUCUGGCAGCCACUUAAACUCUUCGCCUAUUCACAGAUCACCUCACUGGUGCGCAGAGCUUCACUGAAGGAGAGCGAGCGGACGCCCAGAUCUGAUAAAGUCCACAACUUCAAGGUCCACACCUUCAGGGGGCCGCACUGGUGUGAACACUGUGCCAGCUUCAUGUGGGGACUGAUGGCUCAAGGGGUCAAAUGUGCAGAUUGUGGUUUGAACGUCCACAAACAGUGCUCACCUCUGGUGCCCAACGACUGCAAACCAGACCUGCGACACAUUCGGAAAGUGUACAGCUGUGACCUCACGACCCUGGUGAAAGCUUACAACACAGCCCGGCCUAUGGUGGUGGACAUGUGCAUACGAGAGAUCGAGUCCAGAGGACUGAAGUCUGAAGGCCUCUACAGAAUAUCCGGAUUCAGCGAUUCUGUUGAGGAAGUCAAGACGGCGUUCGAUAAAGAUGGCGAGAAGACAGACAUCUCAGUGAACGCCUAUGAAGACAUCAAUAUCAUCACGGGUGCUCUGAAACUGUACCUGAGGGAUUUGCCUGUUCCCGUCAUCUCGUACGACGCUUACCCGAGGUUCAUUGAGGCUGCAAAGCUCACAGAUCCAGAGAAGAAACUGGAAGCAUUCCGCGAGGCUCUAGCUCUGCUGCCGCCAUCACACAGGGAAACUUUGAAGUACCUCAUGGCGCACUUAAAAAGGGUGACUCAGAAUGAGGAAUUCAACCUGAUGAAUGCAGAGAACCUCGCCAUUAUUUUCGGUCCCACCCUCAUGCGUGCACCAAACCUGGACGCCAUAACAGCACUGAACGACAUCCGCUACCAGAGACAGGUGGUGGAGCUGCUCAUUAAAAAGGAAGACGUGUUCUUCUGAACACAGACAAGAACUUUUAUAGAACAGCUGUCUAAUCAAUCUUUGGUGUAAAGACUUGAAAGACCGUUUGUAUGACAUUUAUUGAUACAUUUUUUUAAAUGCCCUGCGUAUGGACUAGUGCUGCCCUAACAUUUCUCCUCCCCUGCUUUGGGUGUGGGCGAUGAACUUUACACUUUACACUUGUACGUACUCUAUGUCUCCCCAUUUUUGUCGGGGGAUUUCCAGAAGCUGACAGGCCAGCAUGCAUGGUGCGAGGUCUUUGUUGCUUUGUAGUCGUAACCCAGCAUGUGUUCAGAUCGUGUAGCGCUGUGAUUUUUGCUUUUUGUCUGUUCUCUACUAGCCGUAGUCCACAUUCCCAGCAGCCUGCUGUGCAGUUUUUUUUUCUUUCUGUGAAACAUUGAAUAGCUGGAUGUAAAAAUAAGCUACUGAUUUUACGGGGGUACUUUUUAUGAUGCCUUUAUGAUGUAUUUUUUUAUCUCCUCAACUGUUUUUAUGUAACCUGCAGUAGUUGAAUGAGCCUUUCCUGUUAAUGUGUACACACUGGUGCAUCUGCCUGUCCUUAACAUUUUUAUUGUGUUAUAAACAGCAUUAUUUGUGAGUUUAA